UGGGUGAUACGAUCUCAGGCAGAAAUCCAUAGCUUAACCACAAGGCCACCCUAAAGUCAUCUGACCACCAACGCAUGCAAGGGGAGCUUAUUGCCAGAGCAUGAAGUUCUCCCACUCUUUUUUUCUCAAGUGAUUGUUAGCAAAAAGGCAGUUUGCAGAGACACCUAUUUCAGUUUGGCAUCAUGUAUAGACUCAUAAGGAAGGGCCUUAAGUGACUCCAGCACAAGUGGGGGAUACCACAGCAGGGUUUUUUUUUUUUUUGGGUAUGUGGGUAUCAGGGUAUCUGUGGUGGAUGGAGGUGCGUCACCAUUUUCAUGAAGGUCUUAAUAAGUUUAUGAGACCCCAGCGAGAUGCAGUUCCUAAUGCUAUGGUGUGCUGCAGUUGCCACCAUAUAAAACAUUAGGGUACUGUAAUUGGGGACUUGCCACUCUCUUGCAGUCCCUGAAUAAAAGUUUGUAUAUUGGAAGUCAGGCAAUGCACUGGAUCCAGCCAUCGAGGUGCAUGCCAUUCACACAACAGUUUCCACCAAAGGGCAUACACGGUCCAUGUACACAUUCAACCCACAGGCACAGGCCACAAGCAGGAAUCUGUAGGCCUUAUUAACUUGGUAGUGGUGAAGAGGUCCACCUGCACCUUGUCAAACCUUUCCUACAUCUGAGUUACCACUUUUGCAUGCAGAAUGCCACUCUCCCGGGCCUACUCUGUCUUGACAGCGUGUCCGCUGCACUCAGAACUGGUAAGAGGAAGCCAAUUCUACCUGGUGUCCCUGCAGCACCAGUAAAGAAAGUGCACACAGGGCAGAUUUUGCACAGUUGAUUUGCACUCCAGUAGAAUGGAUUGUGCUAAUUGCACUUGGCACUGUCCAUAAACUAGUAAUAUAUUUCCCACAUCCUGGCCUCGGUGUUCCCUUGCUAUUAAAAAGGAGGCGAGAGAUGAACUUUUGUAGAUUACUGCGAAUGUUCCAGUUCUAAAAGUAAUAUGGCUAACAUAUUGCCAGUGUGUGUCACAAGAAUAUCAUAAGUUCUCAGUAGAACAUCUAGCUAAGAAGGCCAGCAAUACUACCAAGGGAAAAGCAUAAUGUUGCUUAAUGUUUCAUUAGAAAAGGAACUUGCUAUGUAAAAAAUACUCUCACCAAGAGUAGAAUAGAUGAAGCUCCAACCAUACACACAAGCUGCAAAGCUCCAUAUGGUGUACGUUAAGUCCGACACGUGUACGGGGUGGGAAGAAGAAAGGGAAAGAUGGUUGUAUGACAGUAAUAUUUAUUGGAAAUACUAUGUAAUUGUGACUUUGUUGGAAGGUCUCUGCACCUAGCAUGGGUUAAAUAGAACAAAGCUAACUAACUUUCUUUCUUUCUUUCUUUCUUAUUAUGCAAAACAAACUAAAGACUACCACAAUGUCUCGACUUCAUUCUUUCUUUCCAAAAGCAUGGCUUGCUUGCAAAGAUUUUGAAAUUCAUUUAAGAGUCUGCACAAAAACCAUGCACCUACUAUUCCCUAGUCACUGACCUACAUUCCCAAAACUGAUGUCUGCCUGUGUUGCUCCCCAGUGAGAAUGCAUGUGGCAACACUUGUCUGUGCAUGUUUGACACAGCCGGGCUCAGGGAAUAUGUGCUAGCAUUCCUGUGUGUGCUUCAGAGUCGUCUGUUCAGAGAACAAUCGCUUUAGCUCUUUCCUUUUAGAUUGCCCUAACAGCUGCAGCACAGAAGAUUUCUAACUUCACAUGAUAUGAAUCGUGAGAUUCAACUCAGACCGAAGAGCAGACAGGAGUUUGGAUACCCUUGCAGUUGAUUUUCCCAGGCUGGACAGAGCUCUGGAAACACAGGAGCAGUGCCCAAGGCUUUCAGUCAGAUGAUGCAGCAGAAGAACGCUUUUCCUGUUUGAUGCUGGAUAUUUAUUUCUAAUGAGUGAUCCAGUGCUUGCAGUACCGUGGCCCAGCACCAUGGUAGACGUGCCCAAUCCAUUCAGCCCGUUGCCCUCAGCGGGGGAAAUAGUGUUGGACAGCCCUCUGUGUGGGGAGCUAAUCAAGGAAAUAGAGGAGUUUGAGGACAUCUCUCGAUCCUUCAGCGAUGACACCUUCAACUUGCUGUACCUGCCUGACAUCCAGGAAUCCAACAGCUCUGCUUCUCUUGAUGUUUUGAGCCCAGCCUCUAGUCCAUCCUCAGCAGCCUCUGGUGCAGUCACAGGGCAGGAUGAGAUCAACCCCAGCCCCUUAAACCUCGAGUGCCGUAUAUGUGCCGAUCGUGCCUCAGGCUUCCACUAUGGAGUGCAUGCCUGUGAGGGGUGUAAGGGCUUCUUCAGGAGAACCAUACGCCUGAAGCUGGAGUACGACAAGUGCGAGCGCAACUGUAAGAUCCAGAAAAAGAACCGGAACAAGUGCCAGUACUGCCGUUUCCACAAGUGCCUCGCCGUGGGCAUGUCCCACAACGCAAUUCGUUUCGGGAGGAUGCCACAGUCCGAGAAGCUGAAGCUCAAAGCAGAGCUACAGAUCCCUGAGAAAGAGGAGAGAGAGACACAGCUGGAUGACUGGAAGACUCUGGCCAGCCAAAUCCAUGAGGCCUAUCUUAAACAGUUCCACCUGAACAAGGCUAAAGCACGAGGCUUUCUCACUGGCAAGACCAAUACACCGCCUUUUGUCAUUCAUGACCUGGACACACUACAGCAGGCACAGCCUGUCCUGGUCACCCAGAUGCUGAGUGAGGGAAGGGAGGACUUUGCACUUAUUGUUCAGGGGCAGGAGACUGAGGAAUGCCUCUUCCAUUGCUGUCAGUACCUCUCAGUUGAAACGGUCACACAGCUUACCGAGUUUGCCAAGGCUGUGCCCGGCUUCUCCAGCAUCGACCUCAAUGACCAGGUGACACUGUUGAAGUACGGUGUGCAUGAAGCUUUCUUUGCCCUCCUGGCCUCAUGCAUGAACAAAGAUGGGAUGCUGGCGACACGGGGCAGCGUCUUUAUUACCCGUGAGUUCCUUAAGAGCCUCCGCAAGCCUUUCAGUGAUAUGAUAGAGUCCAAGUUCCAGUUCGCCAUGCGAUUCAAUGCUCUGGAGCUGGACGACAGUGACCUGGCACUGUUUGUGGCUGCCAUUAUCUGCUGUGGAGACCGACCAGGACUGGGAAACGUGUCACAUGUCGAACGCAUUCAAGAAAGUAUCAUUCAUGCUCUGCGGCUCCACCUGCAGACCAGCCACCCUGACGACACCUUGCUCUUCCCCAAACUCCUGCAGAAACUAGCUGAUCUUCGGCAGCUGGUAACAGAGCAUGCUCAGUUGGUCCAGGACAUUAAGGAAAAACAGGACACUUCUCUCCAUCCACUACUGCAGGAAAUUUAUAAGGAUAUGUACUGAACAUUGAACUACAGGGUGGAGUUGGUGGUGUAGCUGGAUGUGAGGUAGCCUGUGUUUAAAUAAUGCCCUCCAGCUUCAGGACUGCAACAAGAGGAUUAACAGAUUAACCUGCUAGUGGUUUAACAGAUUAAUCUGCUCUGAUUCAGCCCCAGUGGCCAAACUUGCAAGCCCGUAGUUGUAUGCAGUGACUUUUACUCCACAAGUUGUGGAUUCACUACAGGGAAUGAUAAAGCUGAGUGCAAAAGUUUGCAUACCCUUACAAAUUUUACUAGUAGCCAGACAUUUAAUUUGUUGAGUUUCAUAGGUGUUUGUCUUUAAGUAAAAUAUCCAAAUUAUGUAUGUUAAUAUGCAAUACACACAAAUUAUCUAUGUUAUGUUAAUAUAUUAACAGUAAAAAAAAAACAGUAAAAAAAAAAAUAACAAAAUGAAAAACUGUAUCUCGCGUCCUUAACUUGUAAGCCCACCUUUUGCCUUUAUAAUUGCCUUCGACAUCCUUCGUAGCCUCUGACCAGCUUUUGGAUCUUCUCAGUUUUAACAUUGGCUCGAUAUCUAGCCCAGACUUUGCCCAUUAUUUGUUGACAUACCUGUUGACAUAACUCUUUUAGAUGUCACACACAUCUUUCUUCAGAUCACGUUUGGAGAUCAUCAUGCCAAAAAUGUUUCUGUCAAUUCUGCCUAAUGUUUCUGAUACUUUGGAUACACCACAUUUCAUAAUUAUGUUCUUCUAUUUUUUUUUGUAGAUAAAUUGUCAAACAGAUACAUUUAACUUUCUUCCAUUAAAAAAAAACAUAGGGUAUGCAAACUUUUGCACCGUUGCACUCAACUGUAUAUAUGGGUCUUUCAAAUCCGAGCAAACUGUGAGAACUUGUUUGAGUGAACAGUUAUUUAAUGCCUUCGGAAAGCAGUGUGUGCCACAUGGAAAAUGUAUUCAUACGUCUGUUCUGAAUGUGAAGUGUGAUUUUCAUGCCAUGCUCGAAUACAGCCUACCCACACAGCCAUCAUGUAGGACCAAUACCUCAUUUGAAAAGGCAUAAAGAAACAUGUAUAGUAGUUUUAUAUUAAAAUGUACACAGUGUAUAGCACUCCAGCUGUUAUUAUCAAAGGAUGUUAUUUAUUUUUGAAAAUAAGAAAAAAGAGUAUUACUUUAUGACUGAAUUGACUCAGAGGUAAAAUUGGGACUGCCAGCCUUUUGUGUGGUAAUAGCACAAUAUACUAAAAGCUAUAUUAUUUCCAGUUCUGCUCAGUAAUUACACAGGAGUAAAGUAUGUGAGUGUUUAUUAUUAUGUGAAUCAGGAAAUAUUAUGUUGUAUAGAUACUCAGGGACAAUCAGAGUCGCAUUUACACUAGAAUAAAUCACUCAUAUCACUAUGACAGCAGGUACACUACAUUAUAAGCACUUAUUUUAAGGAAAUUGCUUAUAAAACUGUUGUUUAUGGGGGAAAUAAUCAUUGUUUGUCUUUGUAUGUGAAGGAAACUUGGUUAAACUGAUUAAUGUCGUCUAACAGAGUAGCUCUAUAUUAAAACCUACUAUAAUUUAACAGUCUAGAAUCUGCAAACCA